AUGGGUUGGGAGACCUUUAACCCAGACUCACCUCCAGGGGACUCGGACCAAUGCACAGCUGAGUUCUCCAGGAACAUUGUUUUUGAGAUAAGCUUGACGAUUGGCUAUUUUUGGAUUACACUGAUAAUUAUGUGUUGUCUUUAUUUGGGCAUAUACCGCGUGGCGCUAAAUCUGCAAAAAAGGAGUGAUGCCAAGCGUCGUAAGAUGGCAAGCCUUGUUUCGAUGGCCGGACAGACUAUCUCAAAAAUCGGUGUUAGCCUGACUCAAAACAUUGGAGAGGUUCAUAUCCUGUCUCAUUCGGAAUGCGAAUUAAUGAAUAAUCAGCAAGCACAGCACGCAAAACAGAAAGGUAAUAAGUGCUUUUAUAAUAAUAGCAAGCCGAGCGUUGCACCUCCGUCAUCUGGCUUUGAUUCAGAUGAUAAAGACUUUGAGUCCAAUCAUCCAUGCGAAGACUAUUAUGAUAUGGAAGCAGUAAAAAAAAAGAUGCAAAAUAAUUCUGCAGGAAUUUUUCAUAGGCCAGGGUGGCAAAAUGAGAGGAAUCGGCCCCUUCAAUAUCCCACAAAUCAAGCAGAAAGUCAAAAUCAGAAUACUCAACAAUUGCAGAAUGUACAUAAUUCGCAUGAUAAAAAUUAUCAGGCAUGGCCUGCCAGAUUGGUAGGUCAGGAUAAUCAAUGUUGUUUGGGUAUUGCCGAUCAUUUAGAAACAGAACUGUUCCAUCUGACAAAAUCAGAAAACGACUUUUAUUCCAGGGCUGAGUUACCUCUACACUCAGCAUAUCUUGUUCCUCCUAGUCGUUGCCCAAUCAGUCAGACUCUAGAAUCAGUUGAAUCGUUUCGGUUGAGACCAAGAGAAACUGCUUCGGUUGCUGCAGGCUGCAAUUUUUCAGACACGAGCUCAUUAGAUACCGGACCAAUAGAUUCUGGAUCAGUCAGAUACUUUUCUUUGCCUGACAGCCUAUGCGGUAUUGUGUCGCCAUUUCUGGCUGAUGAAACCCGACGAAAAGGUUCAACAGCAGAAUCAUCUUUUGAGUAUGAUGAAAGUUAUUUAGUAGGCCAAGUAUUUCCUCCUAUAUCACCUUCCCUCCAUUUGACAAGUAGCGAGUCGGACCACGAUGAACUAGAGAAAAAGUUUAUAUGGAAGCAAGUGUUUAGUGAACUGGGAAGGGUUGAAAUGGAUAGUUGUACUGAAACAUUUUCUGCGAAGUUGGAAAGUAUCAAAACCGAAAUAACUGCAGUUGACCAUCUGACGGGUGGCAAGAACAGCUGCAUGGAAAGAUGUGGUUUAGUCCUCCGCCUAGAAGACCAACCUAUUAAAAUAGAAACGCCAGAUCAGUUGGACCAUUCAGGGCCUAUUGCCAAUGACUCAGAUUAUCUUACAGCCAGCGCACCUUCCUCCGGUGCCUCGCCUCAACUAGCGGGACACAAAAGUUCUAUUGACGACAUAUGCCACAUAGGAACAGCUAGAUCGGAGAGAAAGGUGUUGCCUCAGUUUCCUCUUAAGCCAUGUAAUGUACAGUAUGCCCAACAAUUGGAUAAUUCUGGAGCCAUGGCAACGCAUAUGGAGGUGACAGAGAUUAAUUCAAAAGAGAUAGACAAUUGCGAAGUCUUUCAGGGCAUCUCGCCACCAUCACCUGUAUGGAAAAGUCGUGAGGAGCGUGAGUUAAGAGCAAAACUGUUCCAAGAGAGAAUGAGGCAAACCUUGAUGCAGAAGCAGUCAAAUGUACUAUCAAUUUCAACUAAGACAAGUUGUAAGGAGAGAACGGUAGUCAAUGAAAGCCAGACGUAUUCAAGCCCACAG